UUGAACUUCCAACCCCAACAAAUUCAACAACAUACUCCAUUUCAUAGUACUUCACUCACUACAAAGUUUGAAUACUAGACUAUUAUAACAGUUGCGAUUAUCUUGAAGAAAAAUAUAAGUAAUUUUCUCUAGAUGAAUAAUAAUACAGCAAAUCUAGAGAGAGAUCACUACUUACGUGAAACAUCAUCAUCUUCGGAAAGAUUAGGAGGAGCUCAAGAUGAAGGAAUGUACCUACUAGCUUCGAGCCAACCGAAAAAACGUGCCGGGAGAAAGAAGUUCAAGGAAACACGCCACCCAAUUUAUAAGGGAGUGAGGAGAAGGAAUAAUAACAAGUGGGUUUGCGAGGUCCGUGAGCCUAGUGAACAGAAAAGAAUAUGGCUAGGAACUUACCCUACUCCAGAAAUGGCGGCUCGAGCUCAUGAUGUAGCUGCAUUAGCACUUAGAGGUAAUCUAGCCACUUUGAAUUUCGCCGACUCUAGUUGGCAGUUGGCUGUGCCGAUAUCAAAGGAUCCCAAAGAAUUACGUCAGGCCGCUAUGAAAGCAGCCGAGGUAUUUCGUCAAGAUACUGAAUUAGUUAGAGUUGAUUAUAUGAAUGAAGAAAUUAAUUCUAAUGAGGAAGUGAAGUACCAAGAAAAUAUUGUUGUUGGUGGGGCCAGUGGAAGUGACAAUAAUAAUUUGGUGGGUAAGGAAGUGAAUAACAUACAAUAUAUGGAGAUGGAAGACAAUAAUGAAAUAUUGGAAAUAGAGGAAUCAUCAUGGCAAGAAAAGAUGGUUGGGGGGCAUUUGUUAUCACCAACUCCUAGUUUAGGUAGUUAUUUAAGUUGGGAUGAUGUGGAAAGUGAGGUUGAAGUGUCUUUAUGGAGUUAUAGUAUGUAAUUAUGUUAUUCGAAUUUGGGUGUGGAUAUCUAAUACGGGUGCACGAGAAUAAAUAGAUAUACGAUCAUAGCUACUUUUUCUAUUUUUACUUGGAUUGACUUAGCAUGUCAGUCUAAUCUAA